AUGUUAUUGGACGCCACACCCAUUAAAAGGGGUUUGCCAAAAAAUUAUUAUGAUGCAAAAAAACUAGUAUCAAAGUUGGGAUUAGAGACAAAGAGGAUUGAUUAUUGUGUUGAUGGUUGCAUGUUGUUUUAUGAUAAUGAAUAUGGAAAAAAUGAUGGAGAGUUAAUUGAAUGCAGAUUUUGCCAUAAGCCUAGGUAUCGGAACCAUAACACUGGAACAACUAAUAAAAAACCAGUUCCAGUUAAGGCCAUGUUCUAUUUGCCUAUAAUUCCAAGGUUACAAAGGAUGUUUGCAUCAAUGCAAACUGCUGGGCAAAUGACAUGGCACUAUGACAAUAGAAGAAGUUCGGGUAUAUUACGUCAUCCAUCUGACGGUGAAGCCUGGAAGCAUUUUGAUCGCGUCCAUCCAGAUUUUGCCAUUGAUCCACGUAACGUUCGACUUGGUUUAUGCUCUGAUGGAUUUACCCCAUAUAUUCAAGCAUCAACUGCACCAUAUUCUUGUUGGCCAAUAAUUGUUACUCCAUAUAAUCUUCCUCCAGAAAUGUGCAUGUCUAAACCUUAUAUGUUUCUAAGUUGUGUCAUACCAGGCCCAUCUAAUCCAAAGGCUGGUAUUGAUGUUUAUUUACAACCCUUAAUUGAUGAUUUGAGAAGGUUGUGGAACGGUGUUCUAACAUAUGAUAUUUCAAGGAAGCAAAAUUUCAUGAUGAGGGCAGCUUUGAUGUGGACUAUCAAUGACUUCCCUGCUUAUGGCAUGUUGUCUGGUUGGAGCACUCAUGGUAGAUUUGCAUGUCCUCAUUGCAUGGAGCAUACAAAGGCAUUUACUUUAAAAAAUGCAACAAAGCCUUCAUGGUUUGACUCACAUCGUAGAUUUUUAUCUAGCGAUCAUGCAUUUAGGAGGAACAAGAAUGCAUUUAAAAAGGGUGAAGUUGAAAUAGAUGGGCCACCAACUAUGUUGACUCCCGAAGAAGUUUGGCAUAGAGUCAUGAAUUUACCAAAAGUCAUAGAAGAUGGUGUGCUUAGACUAGAUGGACAUGGACAACGACAUAACUGGACAAAAAGAAGUAUCUUUUGGGAUCUUCCUUACUGGAAAGACAAUUUGUUGAGACAUAACCUUGAUGUUAUGCACAUAGAAAAAAACUUCUUUGACAACAUAUUCAACACUGUGAUGAAUGUAUCUGAUAAGACUAAAGACAAUGAAAAGGCAAGGAAGGACUUAGCUUUGUAUUGUAGGCGAAAAGACUUGGAGUUAAAGCCACAAAAUAAUGGGAAGAUGUUAAAGCCCAAAGCAAACUACACAUUAACUGUAGAGCAAGCAAAACUAGUUUAUCAGUGGAUAAAAGAACUUAGGAUGCCUGAUGGUUAUUCUUCUAAUUUGGCAAGAUGCGUUGAUGUUGACAAGAGAAAAAUGAUUGGAAUGAAAAGUCAUGAUUGUCAUGUAUUUAUGGAGUGUCUGCUUCCAAUUGCCUUUAGUUCAUUACCCGUUCAUGUUUUAAAUCCACUUAUUGAAGUAAGUAAUUUCUUCAAAGAUUUGUGCUCUACAACAUUGAGGGAGGAUGAUCUGAGUAAGAUGGAAAAAAACAUUCCAAUUAUUCUCUGCAAGUUGGAGAGAAUAUUCCCUCCAGGAUUCUUUGAUUCAAUGGAGCAUCUCCCUGUUCAUUUAGCAUAUGAAGCUAAACUUGGUGGACCAGUCCAAUAUAGGUGGAUGUAUCCGUUUGAAAGGUAA